GAAUAUAUCGACGUUGAAGUCUUCCAGUCCACACUCUCUUUCUCUCUCUCUCCAGUUUGCACAACUUGGAGAGCAAAAAUGGCGGAAGAUAGGGAAGUCGCGUCGAGUGCAGUGGUCGGUCAAGAUGACGAGGGCGUAAACGAUCCCGAAGAUCCCCCAAAAUCUCCUCCUCAUUCGCCUAGUUCUUCCACUCGCAAGGCUUGCUAUGCCGUUCUCCAGAGUUGGGUUUCAAAGAAGUUCAUGACUGGAUGCAUGGUUCUCUUUCCUGUAGCUGUUACAUUUUUCAUUACAUGGUGGUUUAUUCAGUUUGUUGAUGGUUUCUUCAGUCCCAUAUAUGAAAGGCUUGGCUUCGACAUUUUUGGCCUUGGAUUUUUAACAUCACUAGUUUUUAUAUUCUUUGUUGGUAUAUUUGCCUCAUCAUGGGUGGGUGGCACUGUUUUCUGGCUCGGGGAAUGGUUCAUAAAACGAAUGCCCUUUGUAAAACACAUUUACUCUGCCUCCAAGCAAAUUAGUGCUGCUAUUUCCCCAGACCAGAAUACCACUGCUUUUAAAGAGGUUGCAAUUAUACGCCAUCCUCGUAUUGGUGAAUAUGCAUUUGGUUUUAUCACAUCAUCUGUUGUUCUUCAGAAAGAUGACGAGGAUGAAGAAUUAUGCAGUGUUUAUGUCCCAACAAACCAUUUAUACAUUGGCGACAUAUUUCUGGUUAAUUCUAAGGAGAUCAUUAGACCAAACUUGUCUAUUCGAGAAGGAAUAGAGAUUAUAGUUUCUGUGGGUAUGACAAUGCCUCAGGUCAUCGCUCCAAUAGAAAGGACUCCUUGCGAGAACGAUAGGAUCCAUCUGAACAGAAUGAUAUAAGAAGCCGAAUUUGUUUAGGGCAUGCAGAACUGGUGAUACCGUACCUAGCUUUGUCACAACCUUGUAGAUUGACAUGUAAUAUUGAAAGGAAUUGUCUGUCUAAAGGAUAGCUGGUUUCAGUGCUUGUCUAGUUUAAUAUGGCUGAACCAUUACAUGUUUAGAUCACAAUCUUGUGCAUUUUCCUUAGAUUUUCUUACAUAUUUAUUUAUUUAUUUUGGUCAUGUAGCCCCGGUAUCACGUAUCGGUAAUCGGGUCGGUAUGUUGUUGUUGUUGUGUUAGAGAGCUAAAAUGUUGUUAUUAAUCUUUCAAGAUCCUUUUAUACAAGAUCCAUGGGUAGUCUAUUUUGGCC